AUGGGGACCGAACUUCGCAAUCAAGAACACUACCGGAUUGAAGGGCGGCCGUACCGGUCCCAUAUGCACCCGGCCUGCAUUCCUUGUCGAGCAAGAAAAUCACGAUGCAAGACGACACAUUCGUCCCCCUCGUGCAUCAUGUGUGAAGCACAUGGCACUGAUUGUGUUUUCCCCGACGCUGCUGAGCGGCCGCGCAGAAUAUCGGGUCAUUCGAGGCGAAGCACAUCCUACCAAGAGAAGCACGCACGUGCAUCUUCGCGUGCUCAAGCAUCUCGGACGCAAGGUUUUCCGUCAACUUCGCUGGCUCCGUCUCGGCGGGCAUUGCAUUCAAACAACACCCCUCGAAGCGAGCCGGAUGCGUUGACGAAUGAAGCAAUGUCCGACUGUGCAGAGCUUCCAUCUCCAUCCAUUGGUCAUCAAGACCACUCAGUGUCUACUUUGAUAGACUUCAUCGACAAAGCCGAGGUGGGCAGCUCUCAUGUCGUGAGUCCUGCAAUCGCCGACGACGACAAGGUCUUCCAAGAGUACCUUUCCAAUACUCCCUAUGGCCAAAGCAGACGUACGGUCCGAUUCCAUCUGAACUCGAAUGAUCCAAGUGAACCCACGCGCCCAAUCGUCUUCAACACUAUUCCCAAACGCGGAACAAGGGAGGCAAAAAGUCGAUCGCUGGCAGCCUCACGAUGCGAAAUCAUCGAGAAGCUCGUUGAGCCUUACCAAGAUGACUUAAUAAAUUUGUUCUUUGAGAAAAUCAACAUGUCCUUUCCUAUAUUUGAUGAAUUGCUGUUUCGACGACUCCUUGCGACCCACAAGGAGAAGAUUUCACCGGGUCUGCUCUCCAAUUUGUAUGGAAAUACUCUGAUCUACUGGGACACUUGCCCAAGGCUGAGCAAUGUUCGUUGUCCAGAUCACUACCCCAUCUGGGUACAGGCCGAGAAUGCGCUCAAUGCUGAGUUACUAUCCACGCCUGCGAUUUCGACGAUAAUAUCAAUCAUCUUAAACGUUUCUGGCAGACCCAGUACUCACGUUUUGGGGAAUGGCGGCCUGCUGGGCAUGGCCGUUGCACUAGCCAAUGCUUUCGGGUUGAAUCGAGACCCAUCGGGCUGGAAUCUGUCACCGACAGAGAAGAAAUUUAGGAUAAGAAUCUGGAGGAUCCUUGUUGUCUAUGAUCGCUGGUGCAGCUUGGCAUAUGGCACUCCGCCUCUGAUCCAUCGUGCCCAACACGACGUCCCCGUGCCGGCCGCGGAAGACCUCUACAAUCCAGGCGCCUCCCGUGAUCAAAUCUCGGCGGCUUCUUGUUUUGUUGCUCUCACCACUUUGACCGAUGUGCUCGGCCACUGUUUGGAGCACGUCUAUCAUUUAGGAACCGACUCGUCCAAAAAGCCCGAGGCAUCUCCAGUUGGCCUCGAGGGCCUUCUGACCCACUGGGAGGACUCAUUAACCGACAGUCUUCGUCGACUGAUUAUACGUGGGACGGGCCUGGUUGGGCCCGGUGCCGCCAAUCUGCGACUGGCUUAUCUGUCCGUCAAACUCCUCAUCCGGCGCAGCCAACUGGACUUGGACAGGGUUUCUCUCCAGAUCGACGAUGUCGACUCCCUGUACUACAUCCAAGCCAGGAGGGUUUCCGAGGAGAUUGUCGACUUUGUGCGAGAGUUGGACGAAACCCACUGUCGGGAUUUCUGGAUCCCUCUCAACGCUUAUUCCCUAACGUCGGCGACCACUUUUCUCAUGAGAUGCGCUCUCACCUCCAGAGGACUGGUGCGCAAUACUUCACUGAAAUUUGCCCGGGCCAUGAUCGACACGCUCCGAUCCCACCGCCGCAACUAUGCUUGGGAUCUAGCAGACAACUGUCUAUCAAACUGUGGCGACUUGGUGGAGAAGAUCGAGACUGCAUGCGAAGUGUCAAGCUCCAAUGCUAUGGAGUUCCAAGAGCCCAUGCUCAUGGACAUGGACAUCACUGCACUCAACGGCUUGUUUUCGGAGUUUGCAGGGACUUUCUGA